AGUCACAAUUGGGCCAAAAGCAGAGCCUGGCCAAGCUGCCAGGUCCUCGGGCAGCCUGCCUGCUCAAUCCAGGUGGCCCCGCAUGGCUGCAGGUGCACAAUGAGGUACCCUCUGGCGCCGCUGGUGAACGACCUCACGCUCUCUUUCCUGGUGUUCUGGCUCUGCCUGCCCGUGAGUGUGCUGCUCCUCUUGAUGAUCGUCUGGUUACACUUCUUACUUAGUCAAGAUUCAAAGGAAGAUGAUUCAGAUUUAUGUUUCAACUGGGAGCCCUGGAGCAAAGGACCAGCUGAGUCUGGCUGUGAGGAGGAGACAUUCUGUGACCAUGAGGACAGCCUCCACUGGUGAGCCUGCUCUACCAGCCCAAGCACGACUUAAACUCCUGGUAUGCUUGUCUAGGUCUCAUCUGGGCCCAAGUGGAUGGAGGGAAGAGGACACUGGUGACCAAGGAGCCUUCCUGGGACCUCCAAUAGCCAGACCCACCAAGCCUCUGGCCGAACCAUCUGUUUUCCAUCGACACAGCUGACCUGGGGCCCCUCAGGGAAUAAUGGGGCCCAAGCAGCUUACAGGGGACAGCUGGCCAGCUCAACUCACACGAGGUGCUGGGUACCUAUUAAAGAAAUGGGGGUUCUCCUGUGCCCUGACAGAG